AUGGAGAUGCUCUCGAGGAUGUUGGACAAAGAGGCUGCGAGCAAUCUUAUAAAGCUGCACCCUCGUUGUAGCAACCCAACCAUCACUCACCUAUCAUUUGCGGACGAUGUGAUGAUUUUUUCUAGCGCCGACACUGGCUCCUUAACUGAAAUUAUGAGGAUUUUAUGCGGGUUUGGGGAAUUGUCAGGGCUUCAUAUGAACAAAACAAAAACGGAAAUAUACAUUGAUGGGGUUGUCGAUCACGAAAAGACCAACAUUGCUGCCUUGUUGGGACUGUGUUUGGGAGCAUUGUCAGUGAGACAUCUUGGGGUUCCGCUAAGUUCAUCGAGGCUCACAAAGCAGGAAUACAUGCCAUUGAUUGAUAAACUUCAGAGUAAGCUUGAGAAUUGGGCCUCUAAAUGCCUUUCUUAUGUCGGGAAGCGCAAAUUGACAGCUUAUGCUCCAAAUUCCUUUGGAAAAAUACCGAGGCACGCAAAGUUAGCGCGAGGAUUGCAUGGGAAACAGUUUACUUACCAAAGGAAGAAGGGGGAAUCGGUGGCUUGGACCCGAUUAAAUAUCUUCAAGGAACGUGGAUUUUGGGACACAAAGACCACAACAUCGUCUUCUUGGAACCUCAGGAAGUUAUUGUCGAUGAAGGACAAGGCGCGUUCCUUUAUCAAGAUGCAGGUUAGAGAUGGGCAAUCCACACAAUUCUGGCUUGACGAUUGGACACCACACGGACCACUGAUUGAUCACAUUGAGGAGCUUAGACCGAGAUUGCUAAGGCUGUCGAGACACUCAAAGGUGGCAGCCGCGGUCGCGAAUGGAGGUUGGUCUCUUCCAACAGCUAGAACAUAA